AUGCCGACUACGAUGCCGGCGAAACGUCUGGGAAUGUACCACAUCUACGGUCCCACUCUGGAAACGAUGAUGCAUACAAUGGACUCCGGACUAGGCUUCAACUCCACCAUUCUGGCAUAUACUCAUAUCGUAGGCGAUUCCGUCCAGUUCUGGUGUCUUCUCCUAGGGAUCACUGACCCAGCCGUCUUAGCAUCACCAACAUAA